UGGGAUAUUUGGCCUCCGACUGGACUGGGAAAUACCGCACUACAGAGGCCCGGGUUCGGUUCUGGGCGUGGAAAUCGCAUCUGGAUCUCAGGAUUUGGACCUCAGGCUGACGAUGAACGCCUUGAAUUUCUGCGGGGCGUCUGGCGGCGUGUUCCCCCUCCACGGCGUCAACUCCGUGUUUUUCGACGCGCGCCAGCAGGGGGCGCCACAGUACCGCUCUUUCUCCGCAGCGAGCCCGGCCCAUACAUUCUCUGUGGCGGAGAGGCUGGCAGAGCUCAUUCUGGAAGCUCGCUAUGGCAACCAGCAGAAACAGCGCCGCAGCCGUACGGCGUUCACGGUGUCGCAACUGCAGGCUCUGGAGAAAGCGUUCCAGCAGACGCAGUACCCGGACGUCAGCAUGAGGGAGAGGCUGGCCAUGUGCAUCAACCUGCCGGAGGCUCGAAUCCAGGUGUGGUUCAAAAACAGAAGGGCAAAGUUUCGUAAAGGUCAGAGGUGCUCUCCUGUCUCGAGGGACCCCAGUUUGGAGGAAGCUCCACACAACAGUAAGACGGGACAGGAAGAGGCCCGGACCGAAGACCACCAGGACACGACCUCAUCGCGCUCCGAGAGCAACAUCCCUCCUCUUUGUGUGGAGAAAAGCAGGGAUUCAGACUCUGACACCCCGAGGUGGGCCCUGCGACUUCACUCUCCCCCACUUUUCCCCUUCAUAUCAGGGGUACAUUACGGUCACCCAGCUCACCAGCCAGUUCUGUCCUCCGAGCUCGCCUUCCCCCCGCUGUUCUGGCCCAUCAUACAGCAGCACAGUUCUGUUUUGGAGAUUCCUUCAUCAGCUUCCAAAAACUGCAGCCUCUCCCUUCAGACUGCCUGCUCCAGUAAAGCUGUGUGUCACCCUCACCUGGAGCUAUAAUUGACUUAAAAGUUGAAUAUUUCAGCCCGAGAUAUCUGCUCCUCGUGGACUGAGAAGCAGCUCUGGGAAGGAGCAGAAACUGGCCAUGCACUGAAUAUACAGUUUUAUACUUUGUGUUUUAUUGAAUGCUUGUAUGUAAGAAGGGAUGUAAAACAGAACAUCACAUACUCUGAGCCUUUUUUUUUUUUAAUGGAACUUUGGUCUGCCUCGAUUAACAUCCAGCAUGUUUAUCUCUCUCUUCGUGUCGGUUGUAUGACCUGCUGGAAGGAAUCGGUUCAUCCAUCUUGCCUUAAUUCCAGUCAGCAGUCAGUCUUCUUCUGCACUGUUUAGCUGACAACACUUUCAAGUGUCAGAAGUAGUUGUAGACAAUAAAAGAGUCCUUAUUGUACUUGAGCACAGCCACAUGCAUAUCAAAUAAAUAUAUUUGCUCUUUUACUCUGUUUUUUUUCCUCUGGUUUUGUGAGGCUUCGCAGUGCCUUAACGUAGGAUCACUGUACUCUGUUUUCACCCCCUCAAUUGACUCUGAAAAACAAACCAACAAAA